AUGGCCCAUCACCUCUCUCGGCUGAGGGAUCGCCAAGCCGAAGAAGGAGCUGCUAGUGGUACGGCUGGUUUGUUUGGUAUGGAGAUGGCGGAUGCGGGAGGAUCGGACCAAGAGCUUGGGGCAAGGCUCGGCAGGAUGUCGACGCGUUGGUCGAACAGAGGGCGAAGUCCCCAUGCAGGCUUCUUUCUGGGACUGGUGAAGGUGGAGCCGGUGAAUGACAAGGCUGUCAUUCCUAGUUUGGACACAGUGCAUGAUUCUAUCGACUUUUUCCUAGAGCGGCUAUUUGCGAAGGACGAGCGCAUAGGAGCGCAUAUCCGACAAAGUUAUAGGUUCGCAGGUUUGACGCAAGUCUUGGUGUUCCUUAAAGAAGAGUGUGCUCAUGCUGGGACGCAGGGGGUCAAGACUGAUCCUACACCGCAAGAGGCUUCACAUGGGGAUCGAUAUUUCGUGGAUAGAGCAAUGGCGGCGUUGAGCGACUUGUGUUCUCAGUUGAAGAACCAACGUAAGGAGACGCAAAAGGAUUUGUGCAAGUUGUUUGACAAGAACACUAAGGAGCCGCGGUACGUCUUGCCCGUGACAUGUAGACGCGCGAGGUCCCAGGCAUCAGAAGAUGAAAAUUGA